UGGAAGCUGCCCUUUGCGUCUUUCACAUUCAUUGGGCAUUGCCAGACUCUGCACCUCCUCCUCCAUCUCCUCCUCCCCUCACCGUCUCCCGCUGGCUCAGGGACAGUUGCCUUAGACAGCUGUGUUUCUGGCAGAUUUCACCGUUCCCCCCCCACCCGGGAGUGGGGAUUGGAGCUGCGAAGAAGAGACUCGGGUAGCGGGAUGGCUGCAAGCUACGCAUGGAAAAUUGCUUUCAAGACACUGCAAACUAAAGCUGGCUGGUAUGUUUGCAAUGAGAAUGCAAGAUAUUUUCAUAGUUUAUUGUCAAGGACAGUGAUGAAGAUUCACCCAUCCAGCUGUAUCAUUCCCUACUGGCAACAGGCCUGUAGGAUGCCGCCUCUAAAAACCUUUACAACUGGCGAGGAUGAGCCUGAGACAGUGCAGCACAAGAUCAAAACAGAUCCAAGAGCACGGAAAGCAAUAGGAAGCAUUGGUAGAAAAAUUCGUCAUCGCAUCAUUCACAUAAUAGAUGAAAAUGGAGAAAAUCUGGGGAAUCAGCACAGGGCCGACGUUAUUCGCAUGAUGGAUGAGCGUGGCAUCAAAAUUGUGCCUCUCAACGAAAAUGCAGAUCCUCCAGUGUACAAGUUAAUGACAGGAAAACAGAUUCACGAGGAACAAAUGAAACUCAGAGAAAAACAGAAGGCCAAACUCAAAACUGGAGCUUUCCAAAUUAAGGAACAGACUUUCUCAGCUGAUAUUGCAAAGCAUGACCUACAAACAAAAAUUAAACAUAUCCAGCAGUGGGUUGAAAAGCAUCACCAUGUUCGGAUUACUGUUCGAAAAGGAGCUGCUACAGAUAAAGUAGAGGAAAUGGAAUCAUUGCUGGAUCAAGUUGUUCAGUCCAUGCCAGAUAAAGCUACCUUCAUGUUGAGACCAAAGAUCAUUAAAGAAGGGAAAGCAGUUAUGUGUGUUCUGCGGCAUCUGUCUGAAAAAGAAAUGAAGAAAUUGAAUCAAAGUGAAGGCUGAAUCAGACUGCCUAAAAGUUGUCGCAAGACAAAACUUUAUUGUCCUGCAAAAGUGAAAGCACUGAAAAUUUCAAGAUAUUCAAGUCUCGUGGAUGGUUCUUUCACAAUCACAGAAGCAUUAAAUCUCUCUUUUAUUAAGAUGUGCAGUGGUGAAAAAAUUCAUUAUCACAUUAUCUUCCACAAUGUAUCUCUAAACUAAACUUGCAGUUACAAGAAUGAAUAGACCAUCAUUUGUACCAAAGUUUAAUUACUUAUUUGAAUAGUUACUCUUUAGUUCCCCAUAUAUUCGUA